AUGGGCUCCGUCUGCGGCAAGGAGGACAAAGGGGACAACUUCACCUCCCCCGGGCGUCCCCUCGGCACCGCGCCCCCGCCUCAGCCAAAGACCGCACCCAUCCCCGCCAGAGUUGGCGGCCCCCCACGGACACUUGGCGGCGGCGGCGGCGGCGGUAGCAACGGCGGCGCACCCGGUGAGCAAUCCGCCGACGCGGCCGAAGCGCGGCGCAAGGCCGCAGAAGCAGCCGAGGUGAGCACUCCCUCGCCCCCCUCUUGGUCUUUACGACGCAUGCCACAAUUGAGUCAUGGGUCUGGGGGAACCAAGUAUGCUAACGUCUACUACCAUUUACGACAGGCCCGAGCGAAAGCAGCGAGCAAAUCGACGGGAAAGCUCUCCUCGCAGCUUAACGCGCAAAAGAAGCAGACCCAGGCCGACCUGCUUAAGGACGCCAGCGCCCAGCAGCUGAGACAACGAGACGCCGAUGCCGCCGCGGAGGCGAGGACCUACAACUAG